UUUCCGGAAGUUAUUUUUAUCACACUUCAACUUCCGGAGAAGCCGCAUCGACAGAAAAAACAACAGAGACAUGGCGUCGAGUUUUUCGUCCUCUCCGAGGGCGUAUGAUGAGUACGAUUUUGCUGAUAACGAUAGCUUUGAAUACGAAGAUGACCGCGAUUAUUAUGGCCAAGCUUCAGACGAAGACACUGAAGAUGCCAGUGAAACAGAUAUGAUGAAGAAGGAGGAAGAAUACACUGAGAUAAAAGAACAAAUGUACAAGGACAAGCUUGCCCAGUUAAAAAAGCAACUACAGCAGCUAGAAGAAGGAACUUUGCCAGAGUAUUUAAAAAGAUUGAAAAAGCUAGAACAGCAGUAUAAGGAGAGAGUUAGAGUUAAUGAAGUGUGGUACCAGUAUCAGGCCGAUCAUGUAGAGAAGCUGUUUGUUGCUGAGAAAAAGGCUUCUGUGGAUGAGUUUGAGUAUUCUUUUCAGCAAAAGAAAGUGGAACUAAAGGAAAAUCUUAUAGCAGAAUUAGAGGAUAAGAAAAGGAUGAUUGAAAAUGAAAAGAUGACAAUGGAGUUAACAGGAGGCUUAUGGUAUCUUGCAGACUCAAUGGAAGUAAAACCAGUAACUACCAGAAAACUAAGACGUCGACCAAACGAGCCAGUCCCCAUGCCAGAGAAGAGGAAGAGAAGCUCACCAAAUCAGCUUAACUUUUUAUUGGACGAUUCUGAUAUCAUGGACGAUUUGAAGAUCAUCAGUAAAAUCAGCGGAAAACCUCUCAGCAAGAAACAGCAGAUGUACAGCAGUAGUAACUGUGACACAGCAUAUGAAGCCAGGAUUGAUGAUGGGAAAUUGUAUUAUGAUAAAAGAUGGUUCCAUAAAGGUCAGCCUGUACAUCUCGAAUCUAAAGAAUCUGGAAGAGUCAGUGGUGUUAUUAGCUCUGUAGGAUCACAGGAAGUUUGGAUUAGAAAAAUCACAGAUAACAGCAAAAUCAGAGUGUAUGUCUCACAACUCCAAAAAGGGAAAUUCACAAUAAGAAGGCGGUCAACGUAACAGAACAGCUACUUCCCUCAGCAUUUAUCUGACUAUUUAGUGACCCUCUCGCUGCCAGUCUUUUGCAAUUCAUAGUAGUAGCCAUAGACUGAAAACCACUGUCCAUCAAUUCUGUAAAUUUGAAAAGUACAUGUAAUCACUUAAGAUAAUUAUUGGGUAUCUCAUCAAUGAAAUGUAUCUUAAAAGGUUUCUGAUGGGUGAUUUGUUGUUGCAGAAAACAAAAUGAAAGGCUGACAAUGUGGUUGAAAAUCAUGUGGAUUUAGUGAAGAAUUGUUUUUGGCAUUUUCUCUGCCAUUUGUUACUAUUUUUAAGAAGGGGUGGUCUGCAUUUGUUUUGUGGGCACACAUUUCUGUUCAAUUCUGGUCAUAUUUGUCUAAAAACAUUUUCUGAGCGUUAUUAAGAGUAACAAAGAAGUAUUUGCAGCUCACAGAGAAGUUAUAGUGAUGCAAAUGCGAUUAAAAGAGUUAUAACAGUUCAAUAUUUUCUGAUGAUGACGUUUGAAAUGUCCUUAGUUCUAGUAAAUUAGUUUAUUGCCAAAUGUAUGGAAGAAGAAAGUACAGUUUUAAGAAGAAUUUUAUACUGAGUAUUUGUACAUUUCAAAUGCAUAGUAGUUAAGAAAGAAGUAAAAUACUAAUUCUUUAAUUCCACACUUUUAGUGAUAUAAAGAUUCUCUUCAGAACCUGCUGUUCAAGAUGACAGAUCUUAAAGGAAAAUGGAACUUUCCUUUUUUUAAUUUAAUAUUUUAACCUGACGCUGGUAUUUGUACAGUGUCAAUAUUUGGUACACGAGCCUGUGAAUAUCAUCAUGUCAUUUGUAAAUUUCAUCAUUUGUUCAUGUAUAAAUAAAACUUAUUUGUAUGCUUUAUUGUAAU